UAGGAAGUAGCUAUUAGCUAACAACAGCCCGUUUACAUUCUCUGGCUAACAACUUUACAGCCGGACAGUGACUAGCUAGCCGAGUUAGCCGACAUCCUGUGCAAAAAAAUUGGGUUAAUCAAAGUAGGUGCGAUUAUUAAUUCGAAAUACGUUGAUUAAACAUGGGAAAAGGCGGCGGAACAUUUGAAAGGCUUCUUGAUAAAGCCACCAGCCAGCUAUUGCUGGAGACAGACUGGGAGUCCAUCCUGCAAAUCUGUGAUCUCAUCCGCCAAGGAGACACCCAGGCAAAGUAUGCCAUUGCUGCCCUUAAGAAGAAGCUAAAUGACAAGAAUCCUCAUGUGGCCCUUUAUGCUCUUGAGGUCCUGGAGUCGGUGGUGAAGAACUGUGGCCAGACGGUGCAUGAUGAAGUGGCUAGUAAGCAGACCAUGGAGGAACUGAAGGAACUGCUCAAGACGGAGCCCAACGUGAGGAACAAGAUCCUGUAUCUGAUCCAGGCCUGGGCUCACGCCUUCCGCAACGAGCCCAAGUACAAGGUGGUCCAGGACACCUACCAGAUCAUGAAGGUGGAGGGUCACGUGUUCCCUGAGUUUAAGGAGAGCGAUGCCAUGUUUGCGGCUGAGAGGGCCCCAGACUGGGUGGAUGCAGAGGAAUGUCAUCGCUGCAGGGUUCAGUUUGGUGUCAUGACUCGUAAGCACCAUUGCCGAGCGUGUGGUCAGAUCUUCUGUGGGAAGUGCUCCUCCAAGUACUCCACCAUUCCCAAGUUUGGCAUCGAGAAGGAAGUGCGAGUGUGCGAGCCCUGUUUUGAGCUUCUUAACAAGAAGGCGGAGGGCAAGGCUGCCACCGUCGCCGGGCCCGCCGAGCUGCCCCCGGAGUACCUGACCAGCCCGCUGUCCCAGCAGUCUCAGGUAGUGGUCCAGGAAACAAUGCCCCCGAAAAGAGACGAAGCUGCUCUCCAGGAGGAGGAGGAGCUGCAACUGGCCAUCGCCCUCUCCCAGAGCGAGGCGGAAGAAAAGGAAAGGAUGAGACAGAAGAACUCCUACGGGGUGUACCCCAAAGCCGACCCCACCCCGGUCACCUCCUCGGCCCCUCCCGUCAGCACCCUCUACACCUGCCCCGUGAACUCCUCCGCCCCCUCUGCUGAGGAUGUUGACCCAGAGCUGGCACGCUACCUGAACAGGACGUACUGGGAGAAGAAACAGGAAGAGGCACGCAAGAGCCCCACCCCCUCGGCUCCUGCCCCCGUGGCAUUGGCUGAGCCCGUGCCAGUCAGCCAGCCCGUGGAGAGUCACGUCCCCGUCCCCGUCCCAGUCCAGCCGCCAAUCAAUGUUGUGGAGCAGCAGUACCAGAACGGCGAGUCGGAGGAGAACCACGAGCAGUUCCUGAAGGCCCUGCAGAACGCCGUCAGCACCUUCCUCAACCGCAUGAAGAGCAACCACAUGCGCGGGCGCAGCAUCACCAACGACAGCGCCGUGCUGUCGCUCUUCCAGUCCAUCAACAACAUGCACCCACAGCUGCUCGACAUCCUCAACCAGCUGGACGAGAAGAGACUGUACUACGAGGGGCUGCAGGACAAGCUGGCCCAGGUGCGUGACGCGCGGGCCGCCCUCAACGCCCUGAGGGACGAGCACAGGGAGAAGCUCCGGCGCGCCGCCGAGGAGGCCGAGAGGCAGAGGCAGAUCCAACUGGCCCAGAAGCUGGAGAUCAUGAGGCAGAAGAAACAGGAGUAUCUGGAGAUGCAGAGGCAGCUGGCCAUCCAGCGCUUGCAGGAGCAGGAGAAGGAGAGGCAGAUGCGUCUGGAGCAGCAGAAACACACCAUCCAGAUGAGGGCCCAGAUGCCGGCCUUCUCCCUGCCCUACGCCCAGAUGCAGUCCUUACCCCCCAACGUGGCGCCCGGGAUGGUGUACCAGCCCGGAGGCCCGCCCAGUUACCCUGGCACCUUCAGCCCCUCUGGCUCAGUGGAGGGCUCGCCCAUGCACAACGUCUACAUGAGCCAGCCUGGGCAGACGGGUCCAGGGCAGUACCAGGCCAUGCCCCCCACAGACCCCAACAUGGCCUACAUGUACCAGACUCCAGGCACCAACGGUCAGCCUCCGCCCCCGGGCCAGGCUCCUCCCACCACCAGCCCGCCCUACUCCAACUACCAGCCCACUCCCUCCCAGGGCUACCAGCAGAACGUUGUGUCCCAGGCCCAGAGUUUGCCUCCGAUGCCCCAGCCGGCCCCCACCAACGGCAUGGCCUACAUGGGCUACCAGCCGUACGGCAUGCAGAACAUGAUGUCAGCGCUGCCAGGACAAGACCCCAACAUGUCUCCCCAACAGCCCUACAUGCCAGGCCAGCAGCCCAUGUACCAACAGAUGCCUCCCCCUGGUGGUCCGCAGCAGCAAGCUCAGCAGCAGCAGCAGCAGCAGCCACAGGCCCUCCCAGGCAGUGCAGAGGCACAGCUCAUCUGCUUCGACUGAAGCCUGGAGCUGCAGGGUCCAACACACUACAACCCCCACCCCCCUCCCCACCUCUCCUCUAGUACCCUCUCCUCUGGUCUCCCCUCCCUCCCCCCUCCCUCCCACACUCUCCUGGGCUGAUGGCAUCCCUUUGGGAACAUGGAUGGUUCUGCCAACGUUGCUGUGAUCUUGUGGCGAUGUGGAUUUCUUGUGAUUAGGUUGCAGAAACGUUGCCGCCCUGGCCACCUCUCUGAGUGGGGUGGUUAGGCUGGGAGGUCCUGACCUUCCACCCAGGUCCUGUCUACUCUUUCCUUCUCAGACAUGGUCUUCAGAUAUGUAUGUAGUAUUUCCUUAUAAAAUUGCUGAAAAAUCAACAUCGUCAUCGGUAUUAUAGAUUGAUCACUGGUGAGAAAAUAUGAUACGGAUCGCAAAAGACACGACAUGACCAUCCUUUGUCUCCUAUUUUUCGAAACGCAAAUUUGCAUGUGUUAAAUCGUUUUUUUUUUUCCUUUCUUCGGCGUUAGAAAGCAAGUGUCGCAGCUCCUCCUGAGACCUGUUGUGGCGCUCGCGUGACGUUGUUUUAGUGCCGUCUGAGAGGCUUUGUGUGAACGAGCGUCUGAGAACCCAGGGGGAUGACCGGGGACAGACAGCACAGGCAAACGGGUCCCAGUGAACAGAAAGUUAGCUGGACACAGAUCCUUAAACUAUAGAUGGCCUUCCUUUUUUGGCGAUGCCUUGUAGUGCACUGCAUCAAAUUCUGGGUGAUUUUCUUGUUUGGGUGAGUCAUUUUUUUGAGUUUGUGAUGGAGGAAUGUGGGUUUGUCACGCAGCCUGCCCUAGUACUCUACUUAUUGGCAUGGGUAAGCUCCUAACCUACAGUUUGCACUCUGUUGCUGUAUUGUCCUGUAUUCUGUAUCACUACGGUUUUUUUUCUACAAUGGCUUGCACCACUCUUGGAAGAUAGACAGACAUUACAUUUAGAUUAUGUAGUACACUUGCCAAUAAUUCAACUGCAAUUUGUCCGAGUCAGUGUCUUUGUCCUGUUUUAGAAAUACCUUGUGCAUCUGUUGGGCAGUAGGGAGGUUAACAUGACCCAACAUGCAGAGUUUAUUGAUCGAGGAGCAUUCCUCCGGAGUGUGUUGGUUGGAUGGCAGAAACGUGGGAGAGGUGGUGGUGCUUCAAGAUGGAUGGAUGUUCUGCAUGUAUGUAACACACGAUCAGUGACUCCUGUAACCUUUUUAAUGCCAUCCGUGAACUUCUUUAGUCCAUCAUACUGAUCUGUCUGACUCAUGUAAUUUUAAGAUUAUAUUUAAUAAAUAUCUUGUUCUUUUACCGUC